AUGAAGACAUCCAUGAAAUUAUCACCUUUGCAAUUAGUUUAUGGGAAAACAUGUCAUUUGCCGAUAGUGUUGGAGCAUAAAGCUUUGUGGGCUUUGAAAUUCUUGAAUUUUGAUCCUCAUGAAACUCAAAGCACACGCAGAAGACAAAUGCUGAAGCUUGAAGAAAUGCGGUUACAUGCAUAUGAUUCAUCCAGGGCUUAUAAAGAAAAGAUGAAAUUUUAUCAUGAUAGGAAGCUGGUGAAGAAAGUCUUUAAUCCAGAGCAGCAGGAGUUAUUAUUCAACUUAAGAUUAAAACUUUUUCCUGGAAACAUGAAGUCGAAAUGGUCAGGACCAUUCAUAGUAAAAGGAGUGCACCCACAUGGAGCAAUUGAAUUAGUUGAUCCAGCUACUAAUGAUCCACAGAGAAGGUGGGUGGUGAAUGGUCAACGUCUCAAACAUUAUCUAGGAGGAGAAGUGCAAAGCUUGUCCACAGUGAUGCAGUUGGUGGAUCCUUGA